CUUACUAACGAGUAAAUAACAAAACUAAUCAAAACUAAUCUAAAAUACCAAACCUGGAUGAAAGAUUAAAAUCAAAACUUUUAAUCUUAUAGAGUAUACCGACGAUACCCAUCAGUCCCUUACGGCACUCCCAAUUUUAAACGCCACGCGCCGUAAACUCAACAACAAAUUAAGUCUCCAGAAUAGGUCCCAAAAGACCCGAAAAUAUUAUUAUAACUUUCAUAAAUGGUUACGGCACAGGAAGGCUCUGAAGAGGAGGGCCCCCAUGAAGGACACCACCGGCACGAUGAUGGGUGGGGUCCCAGACUUCAUCACCAUAUGGGCGGACAUGGAGGCCAUCAU